AUACCCGAGAAAGGAGAAAACGGGAGAUAUAGUAUCCGACUUGGGAUACCCGAAUUCCAAAAACCCCCUACGCGAAGUAGAAGAGACGCGCAAACCGUCGCCGGUAUCACUGACUCAGUAGAACAACGGUUUCCGGACUCUACGGACAAACGAGAUAAUAUCUUGUAUACAAUCACGUCGCAUAUCUCCCAACAUAUCUUUAGAGAAGAAACAGAGAGGAAAACGAGUAGGAGAAAGAGGAAGAAAGGAAGCGAAAGUAAAAGAAGAAAAAGGAAUCAAAAAAUUCAACCAAUCAAAUCACUUUAAUUAUACUCUGUCUAUUUAUGAACGGGGUUUUAAGGAAAGACUGAAAAACGAAGAUAUUGAAGAGAAUGCAGGUAAUUGUGGGGUGGCUGAGCUUUCUGCACGUGUUGCUCGGCAGCGGCGCGAUGAUCGGUGUCAGAGGUCAGCAGCAACAGCAGCAACAACAGACGCAGCAACAACAGCAGCAUCAGGAUAGACAGGAACAGAACAAUCAACGACAGAGUCAACGUUACGACAUACACAGGAUGAGCCAUCAGGAUUUCGGGGGUAUACCGGCAGCGGUAGCGGCUCUGAACGGAGUUAUGGAGAAACGAGGCGGCAUGGACGAGCCCUCGUGCGACGAGCUGAGGGCCAUGUGGAGAUACAGCAAAAGACAGAGCAGGGCCUCGGAAAUCACGAACGAAAUACCGACCUACCGCGAUCCCUUCUCCUACAACGUAUGGGAGCCCUACCUGGAUCGCUCUCAGUCCUCGAUGGUCUACAGAGGUCCGACGGGUCCCGCGAGAGUUCGGGGCGCGGGCGGAGCGCCGAUUUACGGAAGGGUCAUUCACAAGGCACCGGCGGGUCACAGACUGCGCAACGGGAUGCCGGACAGAACGCGUCAAGCUUUUCAAGAAGUCACUCGACAUUACGGCACCGUCAAUCGUCACCUGGAAGAAACUCCCAGACGAAGACCCACCAAUUUUCGCCACGUAGGCGGCUCCUCGCCCUCCUCCGCUGACCCCGCCUCCCACGUACCCCAAGCCGGGAGCUUCCAGCACCUGAAGGAACUCAUUCGGACCGAAAGGGCAAGGGAACUGCAGGAACAACGCAUAGCCGAAGAGGUCGCGGCCAGGGCCGCAGCCCUCAAAGAAAUGACCAACGGAAGACGUCAGGGUCCAGGUGAACCGGAAACGCGUCAGCAUUAUCUGAAUUCCCUUCAACCUUACAACGAUAUGAAGAACAUUAACUACGACUACGACCAGGUUCAGUACGUUUCGAACGUUGGAAAUCUUGGACAAUCUUUAUCGAGAGGUGAUCAAUAUGGACGUUCAGGUUACGCGCUUCGUUAAAGAUGCUCAACGCGUAUCGUCGGCAGCUUGAUACCCCGAAGGAAAGUAAGAAAAAAAAACCGAGAGAAAAAAAAAAUUAAAAGAAAUAAAAAAAAAAAUAAGCAUAUUGAAACUAAAAGAGAAAAGAAAAUGGCAAAAGUUGCGAAACCUUGAACGAGAAAUUUAUCCAAUCAUACCGUAAGAGAAUAACAGUCACCGCGCACGACCCCAUGCAAAAGGCUAAAUUAUUUAUCAAAUCAAAACGAGGCAAAACCAAAAAAAAAAGUAACUAAAAAAAAAAAUAGGGUAUAGAAAAAGGAAUAGGUGUUACGAUAUUGUGAUCCGUAGAAGCAGUACGAUGAAUGACGAAAAAAAAAAGAAGAAAAUCCAAAAACCGAAAAAAAAAAAAAAGAAAAGGAAUCAAAUGAAUCUUCUGGUCUUUGACAAUACGUAUAUACGUGAAUUAUAUACCGUAGGUUAAAAUUAUAAUCUAUACGAAUGAAUAUAGGUAACGUACGUACGUGCGGUGAAAUCAAUAAUUUUUUACAUGUGUAACGAAUGAUAAUAAUAACAAUAAUAUUUUCUUUUUCUUUUCAUUCAAUUUUUGACAGUAACAGUGACGAUGACAGUUAUCAAAAAUUAUAAUAAAUAUAAUCGAGACGAGACGAAAGUUGAAAUAUUAUUUAUCUCUCACUUUGUUACAAUAUUUAGAUAAAAGACUUCCUUGUUGUUUAUUCGAAUGAGAUUCGUAAUUUAAUUAUUCAAAUUCAAUACGCGCAGGGACGUGGUGCAUACAAACCACGCGUGGGAAAUGAAAAAAAAAAUUUUAUGACAAGAUUUUCCCUCGUUGAUAAAAUUUUGUCUUUUACAAAUUUACAGUUGCGAUACAUAUGAUGAUAAUCCCUUCAUGUUAUUGUUAUUAUUAUAAUAAUCAUUUAUUUGAGGAGAUUAGGUAGCUACUGCUGACUGUAACUUUCAAUUAUUAUCUAUACAAAUUGUAAGCCUAUUAAUGUUAAUAUUAUACUAUCACAAUAUUAUAUUAUGAAUAUUGAAUAGUCGAGAGAAAAAAAAGGUAAAAAAAUGGUGCAGGACGACACACCCUCUCGUACGUGGAGAGAUAAAGAUAUAAUGACAAUAACGAAUAAUAAUAAUAAUUAUUAUUAUUGAAUGAAAAAAAGAAAAUGAUGAUAAUUUUUGAAAAUUUUAAUAAUUCUUUACUUUUAAAAAGUAAACGUUGAUUCGAUAAAACAAUUAUAGAAAAGAAGGAUAACUGACGA